AUGCCACGCUCAUGCCACAAGCAACACGCACAGCUAACACAACUCCCAUCUCAUGGUAUCAACUCGACACGCCGAUACUCCUCUCCUCCUUCGUUUGCAACAUCACGACGCGUCACGACGCUGAUACAGAGAAAGUUUGUAGCUGUGAAGAAGCGCUGCUCAGUGUCUGUACUCAUCCGGACGUUCGGCUACAACACAGCGGUGUCUGCCAUGGCUUUCCUCAUGCCAUCUCGCGUGCGUGGUGUGCAUACCUGCUUUGUAGAGUCACACGAUGACGCCGCUCGUCGCCAUGGCUCGCACAUGACGCGCUCGUGUUCAAGCUCGCAUACGGCGUCCUUGGGAUUGGAGCCUGACGCUCAGUUUCGCGCACGCCGGCUUCGCGACUUGGGCUCGCGGCUCGGCGGACACAUAUUUCGACCUCAGACACGAAAGCCUCGCAGGCCAACGAUGCAUAUUCACGUCGCGCGCUCGUCGCCCAGUUGCAUUAUAGGCUGCACGAGUAGUCACCUCAAGCAAAACCACAACGCGACCGCAAUGAAAUGCAAAGGUCAGGACACCUGCGAUGCGAAAGAUGCGAUCCAAGAUCAGGAACCCUCAGGGUGUGUUGGACGUAUGGACAGCAACCUUGUACCUCCAUUCCAGUUUCUACUCGCGCACUUGAUCACCAACAACGACUCAGACACAAUGCGGAAGAGGAGGGAUAUCCACAAUCAGGGAAAUGGAGCAACUAUCGACGGCCAUUACGAAUUCGAGCUCACUGCCGCGAAUAAGAAGGGGGCCGAAGCCAGGGGAUCCCAAGGGCGAGACCACCGAGCUCAACUUGAGCGACACGGUUAUCGUUUUCUACAGCUCGAUGGCGACAGAUCACUCGGCCUGUAGCUCUUUCUGGACUUUUCGCGACUGCCCGUUCUUUGAGACCGCUCGGGGUAAGAUGGAAUUUUGAUAUAUAGCUGCGGAACCAAUUGUACAUCAAGAAUGGG